UAGGGCACUACUACCUGUGUUGGUUGCGGAUACAUUUGACGAGCUGGACAAACGUACCAGCAGGAGCCGCUGGAGUGACCGAUUUCGAUUGAGUUUAUGUGAAAAUUUUGGCAAUUAUUCUUAGCUCCUAUGCAGUUUCUUUGAAAGCGACAUACAAGUGCACCUAAAUAAGUGAAUUAUGCGAGUGUUGUUGGUAUUGGGAAUUCUAGGACGAAAAUGUCGAAAACGAACAUGAAGGAAUGGACGAGAAAGUUGACCGAAACGUUGACAUUAUUUCGACGUAGCUUAAUUUUACAAACCAAAGAGUUUUUUCAAAAUUCUACCUUACAUGGAGUGCGUUACAUAGCCGAAUCGGGACGUCCGGUGGGUGAAAAAUUUAUGUGGUUUUGCUUUACAACGAUUGGAGCUGUGACGGCUUUGGUGAUUAUUAUGAGUUUGUGGGAAAAGUUUCAGACUAAUCCCACCAUUACUGGGUUGGACACCGAUUUCCAUAAUCAAAAUGUUGUUUUUCCCACCACCGUCAUUUGUCCGGAAGUUCCCUUCGAUCAUGAAAAAGCUUACGACUGGGCGUACAAAACAUUAUCAAAUUAUGACCAUCCCACGGCCACAAUGAUUGCACCUUUUCUUGAAGUUUUAACAUCCCUAAAUUUCGAAAAUGUCAAUGAGGCGUACGCUCUAUCCCAAUCGAUACCAACAAAAGUGUUGGAGGAAAUGAAUUUGAGAGAAGCGGCAUUCAAGGUUCAAGUCAGUUGUGAAGAUACCUUAUCUGAGUGUAAAUAUCGCGAUGAGCCUAUACCCUGCUGUGAUCACUUCAGUACAGUUUAUACCGAGCAUGGGAUGUGCUUCGCCUUCAACAGUCGUUUCAUAUCAGAGGAGAAAGAAGAUGUUGGUGGCGCUGCACCGCACGACCUUUAUGAGACGGAUAAAAAAUGGGCUUUGUACUUCUUACCAAAUGGGACAGCAAAUGUUUAUAUUUUUUCAAAUGAAGAGUAUUUUGGUUGUGAUUUCAAUGCACAAAUCGAAUGGGAAGAUAAUCAGAGGGUGGAAGCGCGGAUCUCUAAGAAGCAAACCUAUACCACAGAUGAUGCCAGACAACUUACGAUCGGCCAACGCAAAUGCAUAUUUUAUGAUGAGGUCAAAUUGAAGUACUUUCCCGAAGGUUACACUUUCUCGUCCUGCAUGAAAGAAUGCCGCAUGAAACGAGCCAUCAAAUUCUGUAAAUGCAAUCCGCCGUUUUAUAAGCCAAUACCGAAUGUUCCCAUGUGUGGUAUGUCGGAUUUGCAGUGUUUGGGAAAAAAUAAAGCUAACAUUACAAAUAUAAAGGAUUGCAUGCAGUGUGAGCUGAGUUGUUCGAAAACGGUUUUUAACAUUGAGAAAUUAAUUAAAAGCACCGAAAAUAGCGGCGAAACAGGUGUUUUAGUAGAAUUCCUUACUUGGCCUAUUAUACGAUAUAAACGCGAGGUACUUUUCGGUUGGGUCGAUCUAUUGGUAUCAUUUGGCGGCAUUGCCAGUUUAUUUCUGGGUUUCUCGCUGUUGUCUGGUGUGGAGAUUAUUUACUAUUUCACAUUGAGGGCUUGCUGCAUGGUCUACAAAGAUCGGCAAGAAUUGUAUGAAAUCGAAGAGGAAAUCAAACGUCGACCGCCACCUGCAAUCGAUCUUUCACUUCGUAUAAAGCGCUAUGUUUCGAACCCUUCAGAGCCCGUCACAAGCAAAGAUGAAAACCUAACCUGUAACAACUUGAAUAGCAAACAGUCCAACAAUUUGAGUGACCGUAAUAAAUUGAUUAUGAAUGUACAGCAGUACGGCAAGGAACUGAGCAGACGACGUAAAGCUGAUAAGGACUAUACCGGCUAUUCAAAAUCUUUCUAUAAGUCAACGAAGAUACAACCUGAUUACCCAGAUUCAAAGAGCGACUGGCAAUAUCUGCCUUAAAUUAGAAAAUGUAAGAAAAAUCAAAUGCAGUUGAUAUUACGAUAUCAAAAAACACAAAAAAAAAAACAUGGAAAACAUUGCGUUACUAAGCAAACUGAGCACAGAAAUACGCUUCAAGCACAGCUAAUUUUCAUAGAAAUAUUUAAUAAAAAAUGGUCAACAUAUUAAUUUGGACUUAAUAGCGAUAUUUAUUCUGCUUCUAAUGCUUGCAAUCAAUAAUUUUUCAAUAUAAA